AUGUUCAUAAGUGACGACGAUGCUCGAAAGAGCGCUCACAGGCAAAGGAGGGUCGUGGUCUUCAAAAUUUAUCAACGUGAGGUCAAAUGGCUUUUGAUUCAUCGGUUGACAUUCUAUUGGUGGAGACUUACCGAGUAUGGCUCUCCUUGUCCCCAUCAUGGCGGUGGCUCACGAAUUUCUAGACGGCUGGGUCUUCGAAUGAGAGACGCGUAUCGACUAUCAGAGUCCUACCUGCUUCCUCUGUCACAAGAUCAAGCGCGAGGUCUACCACUUCUGCUCGCUUCCCUCAAGACAAUGGCGGACGACAGCAAUCUAACCUCUGCAAUUCUUUCAUGCAUUACCCCGCUACAGUCUCACCUCUCAUGUCCUGGUCUGUUUUGCUGCCACAACACAGGGACACAAGCCAGCCCCGAACGCCUUAUGCUGGACUCGUUGGGACUUUUCACGAACUACCGAUGCGCAACUUCGAGGUUUCGUAGCCGACUUGGGUGUUAUUGGGUUGCCGCUCGAGCUAUUGAAGGACUUGACAAGGAGAUUGCUGUUCCACAAGCAGUGAUCAAGGACGUUGUGGACUCGUGUCAUUCGGAUACGAUGUAUAUCCUCAAGUUGCGUCGCCCUUGCGAGGUGCUUGUCCAGAAAUUCUGCAAGAAACUCGCAGACUCGGUGCUAGCUGAAGAGAGGACGGAGCAUCUUGGUUCGGUUCGGGAGCUGUUGUUCAUCCCUUUGGCCAUACGUCAUGAGGCCAAAUUCUACACCUUGAAAACGACACGUACGAUCUUAGUCACUCCUCCGCCUCUGACCCCAGCACCUUAG